AGCGCGAUCAAGGCAAGGCAUUGCAGUGAGCUCUGAGUUGUUGCGUUGUGGAUAUACCCUGCAGGUUUCUCCUACCAGACUCAAUUAUUUAUCUCUGCUGCGCAGGUUUAUUUUCACCUUCAGGAGGGUUUCCGGGUGAAUAUUGCUCUGGGCCAGGGCUGAAAUACGCCGGUAAACGAGCCUGUCGGCUUAAGCCGACAGGGAAAGAUGUGACUGUUUUUACUGACAUUAAAAUCGGUGGGGCCGAAGUGGGUGUUUGGGUUCACGUAGGCGGCGGCGCCCGUUUGUGGGCGGCGGCGCGGGCUGAAGCCGAAGGGAAAAUGUGGAGUUUGCGAGCGAUCGUCGAGAGCGCUGUGGAGCACGGGCGGAGAGCCCUUCAACACGCCCAAAGGCGCAAAGUAACCCUAGUGCAGCAAGAGGUCCGAGCCCCUGAGGCCCGCCACAAGCUGAGCAAGUGGCAGAGUGAAGGGGGACCUGGGGUGGGUGCUCAGGGGGCAGGGAAUGCCAGUCAGAGUUGUGGGGAUCUGAGCAGUAGUUCUUCAUUUGGAGCAAGUGGUGUUGUGAAUCGCCUUCGUCCAGCAACUACUCGAUUAGUUCAGGGGUUGGUACGUAAAGUUUCAUCACCACUUUGGACUGAGGCUAAGAAACGGGCAACCAAACGUCUUGUAUUUGGUGAAUCUGCCCCCUAUUUUGCCUUAGUGGGGGUGACCUUGGUUUCUGGAUCACAACAAGGACUUGUUACCAAAGAAGAUGAAUUGGAGUCCCUGUGCUGUAAUAUCAGGGAAGCCAUUUCCCGUGCUGGAUGGUUGCAUAAUCCAGAAUUUUGGCAGCACAGAUCUUUUGGGGAAGAGGAUGAUGACUUUGAAAUCAUUGAGAAAGAACACAUUUAUUCCUUGUCUGACUUUAAACUGGGCUCCAUAAUAGAUAAAGGCUGCAAUGCUGUUGUAUAUUCUGCCCAGUGGAAUACAGUUAAAGAAGAAUCCCAGGAUCCACCUCCAAAGCGUCAGAGGUCUGAAUCCCCUGUUCAGUCAGAGGAGGAACCAAGAAUUGUAGAGGACCAGGCCACAGUUGAGGAAGAUGUUGACUAUGAAGAAAUAUCACAGCCCAUUGCAGAGUUCCUGGAGGAGGUGACUCGGGAGUUUGGUCCACAAGGCUCAGAAUCCCCAGAUGAUGUGGGUGGAUCAAGAAUGAGUUUGGAUGUUGAUAAGUUGGUGUUGAGCAGUGGCUUUGAUCAGCCACAACAUGCAAAGAAAGUCAAAUUUAAAGUGGUUGAAGACAAAGAGAAUGCUGGGGUGAAAAGGCCUCUGCAGAUGGUUGUAGGUGAAGAUGAAGAGAUCAGUGAAGCUUCCGAUCAAAAUUUUGAUGAAGAUGCUGACAGAGACCUAACAGACAUGGAGAAGUAUCCAUUAGCUGUUAAAAUGAUGUUCAAUUAUGAGGCCGAAUCAAAUGCGCCUGCAAUAUUGAGGGCAAUGUACAAGGAAAUGCUACCAGCCAGGAGUUUGCAGUUGGAUGAAGAGCAGCUUGAACUUCAGGAAAGGUUUUGUAACAAAGUUAUUAGGAUACCUCCUCAUCCAAACAUCGUAGAGAUGCCGUGUGUUUUUGUUGAUCGGAUUCCUCUUUUAGAGGAUUCAAUGAAGUUGUAUCCAGAUGCAUUGCCUUCUAGACUGAACCCCAGAGGCUAUGGAAGAAACAUGAGUAUGUUCUGUGUCAUGAAAAGGUACGACACGAGCCUAAGGGAUUAUAUUAAGAAGAACGAGAUGCCAGGUCACACUUCCCUUCUCUUACUGACGCAGUUGCUGGAAGCCAUUCUUCACAUAAACUCAAAUAAAGUUGUUCACAGGGAUCUUAAGUCAGAUAACAUUUUGAUAUCACUUCAUGAAGGAUGGCAAUAUCCAUUGCUAGUCUUGACAGACUUUGGAUGUAGUUUGGUGGCCGAGAAUUCAAGUAUGACUGUUCCCUUUGCAUCUAGAGAAGCAGACCCAAGGCAAGGGAAUCCUGCUCUUAUGGCCCCAGAGGUAAAAUUGGCUGUACCAGGGCUUUUACGGUACAUAAACUAUUCACAGUCUGACUUAUGGGCAGCAGGUGCCAUUGCAUAUGAGAUGUACGGUUUAGAGAAUCCAUUUUUUCCAUCUCAAAGCGGAACUAAGCAAAAAUUGUUGGAUUCAGCCUCAUACAGAGAGUCUCAGCUACCACGUCUUCCCAAGAGUGUUCCAACAUCAGUAAAGCAUUUGAUUCAUGAUCUCUUGCGCCGAAAUCCACGAAAUCGGCCAAGUGCAAAUGUGGCUGCAACUUUAUGUCAGCUGGUACUUUGGGCACCAAGCAAGUGGUUAUGCAGACAUGCUCUAACACUUCCUUCUCACUCUGAGAUCAUGCAGUGGCUACUGUGUCUUGCAACAAAGGUUCUUUGUGAAGCUCGGCUUUCUCAUCCUCAGCACAAAGGAGGGAAAAAAUGUACUGAAGUGAAAAGAGGUAAUGACAGGCAAGGAGGACAAUUGGAAUAUGAACUAGUAUCAACGUUUCUGUCAAGAGUGCAUUACAUGGAUAUCAUUCAGGCACUUAAAUGGAAUAGAGCAUUUUGAGUGGCAAACCUGUAGAAAAUGUUCUUUUCCUUCAGCUUAUAUAGGCUCCUAUAAUAUUUUUUUCUUUCAGAUUAAUAGCAACUUAGUUUGACUGUGGAUUAAUAAGCACUAAAUUGCAAUUAAAGCAUCUAUGGAACUUUAUCAAAACUGUAAUUUGAUAUAUUGUAAUUGUUAAUAGUAUCCGAUGUCGUCAGGUAAGCACAAAACUACAGUGUGCAGAUAUUGAAGUCUAAUAUCCUUAAAGGAUUCUACUCAGAUUGCUAAAUUUUUCAUUUCUAUAGUUACCAGAUGUAACCAUGGUAAUGUAAACCCAUUACGAUUAUUUUCUUUCAUUUAUGUUCUGCUUUAAAAUCUCAACCCUGUAUUUGAUUUAUAUUAUAUAGGUUUUGUUGCUUGUAAGGUUCUUCAUGUAGACAAAGUUUCUUUACCAUUUUAUGGCAAAGCCUACUUUAGUGUAGAUGAAGUAGUGCUCUUGGCUAAGCUAGCUUGUAAGCAGUGUAAGUAGAAUGCUUGAGAGAUUAACUAAAAAGUAAUUAAAUUGUAAAAGUGCCUUUCCCUUUAGAUUGCUUCUUUUGUAAAAAAAAAUAUAUAUAAAAUAUCCAAAAACACUAAUGUCAAACAGGUCAAUGUGAAAUUUAUCAGCAAUUGAAGACCAAGAAUAUAUUUACAACACUGCAAAAAGCAAGCAUCAGUUUUGCUUGUUUUAUAUAAAAUAUAUAAAUUUAUAUAUAUGAAAAGAUGAAACUAUAGUAUAUAGUACAGUAGUGUUAGUACUGAGAUGCUUUCUUAUGAAAGUUGCAAUUGAAGCAAGGUGCAAAAGUUCUAACAGUGCAAGAAUAUAUAGCAUUGGAGACCUUUACAAUGGAAAGUUGGAGCACGAAAUUCUUAAUCAGCAAAUUGCACCUUUCAAACCCCUCCUGUGAUGGAUACUUUAUGUACAAUGUGAUAAAAUACUAUAUGUAUAUUUCGGUAGUAAUAAACUGUCAAUAAACUUUUAUAUUAU